GCAAUUAAUGAGCCGGUGCUGAAGAAUGAAUCCACGUCUGAUCGGGGGACUCGGUGGCCAGGAUAUCUUAGGACUCAAUGAAGUGGAGUCAAUUGUCCCGCAGCCAGGAAAAUCUGCGGGUUACUUUUGAAAACGGGGACCGAAAUAUCUCCACAUGUAAGCGCCAGUGAAGAGGGCAGCCAAUGAGAACCUGCGCGUCGCGUCUCCAGGGCAACACUCACGGCGUCCUGAGAUCUCCAUGACGACACUUCCUGAGUGCGGUCUCCGGUCCCGUGUGAAGAACGGAGCGUUACAAACAUGUCUUCUGAGCAGAAUAGAGAGCAGACCGAAGGACAGUCCGAGUUUGACAGCCAGUGCCUCGUCUUCGCAGGGUCUAAAGAGGAAGACGUUGACUUCGCGAAAGUCUUCUGGAAUUCCGUCUCGCUUCACCCGCCGUGGGAGUCUCGGUUGGUUUCUGGCGACAUUAGGCAGCGACUCAAAGUCGCAAACAGCAGCCAGCAAAAUGCACGUAUUUCGCAUGCACCUCCAGCUGUGGACACCAGAAAAGAGCCGUUCCUGCUAGAAGCGUAUAUCAAGGAGAAAACGGAGGAAAAACUGGGGUACUUAGAGAAGGCUAGAAAGAGAGAAGAUAUCAUGGAGCUCCUCCGGAAACAGAGGGCCGAGCGAAUCAAGAAAGAACUGCUAUCUCGUCCAUACCAACCGAAAUAUACCCCAAAAGUUCAAAGUUCCACUGCAGCAGACAGCUCUGAAGAGGCUUGGGAGACCCUGCGGAGCCUCAGAGACUUCAACUGACACCUGGGCAGAGAGAAGCAGGACUGUCCUUCCAUUUAGUGUCAAUUCCAGGGAAGCCUGUCUGCUAUAUCCGGGGGGGGGGGGGCAAGCCUGGUCCUGGAGAGACAGUCCUGCAGGCUUUCUGGUUAGCUUUAAAUCAGCAGUGACUAAAGACCUGGGUGGAAAGGAAACCAGAAGUGAGUGCGGCUCUCCGGGACCAGGGUCUCCCCCCACCAACCCCAAAACUCUCUCUCAGUCUGAAGACUUCUGGGUAGUCUGUUACUGCCCCACCCCCAGGCACCACAAACCAGUUUUAUCCGAUUGUGAUGAAACUUGGUGAGGACAUUCCUUGCACACUGCCCUAUCGUUUUUAUUUUUAUUUUAUUAUAUUCCUAAUUGAUGAAAACCUCAAUAAAGGUCCCAACAAAAGAAAUAAGCGUGUCUUUUCUCAUGAAACGUUGCAACUAUAAGUGGACCU